AUGACCGGACACGGCUGCUUCGGUCAUUACCUGCACAACAUAGAGAGGGAAUUAGGGCCCCAGUGUCACGAAUGCGGUGACCCUGAUGACUCGGCCCAACACACCUUAGAGGUCUGCAGUCGUUGGGAGGAGGAGCGCCGUACUCUAACGGCAGCAAUAAGAACGACGGAUCUCUCGCUGCACAGCGUCGUUGCGGCCAUGCUGGGCAGCGAGAGAAAAUGGAAGGCGGUUGUCUCCUUCUGCGAGGAGGUCAUCUCGCAGAAGGAGGCAGCGGAGCGGGAGCGCGAAGACGCGGCCGACGCGCCCCCGCUUCGGCAGAGACGAAGAGGGAGAAGACGUGCGCAGUACGCUGCGGUAAACCGCGUCCUCCCUCGGUAG